AUGGAAUCAGUAUAUAAGACGGUCAAAACAGGGUUCCAACAUCAUUCUAUCAUCAACGAGCUCAAGAAGCCACUCAAACCUACCAAAACAAUCAACAUGAAGUGCAUCGCAGCUAUUGUUCUUCUGGCUUUGGUCGCCGUUACUUUGGCAAAGUCUAUCGAACCAGUGAAAGCAGCUUUUCCGUCUGAACCGGAAGCGGAAAAUUCAGUGGCAGCAGCAAGAAGCAAGCGUGGAUACGUUUUGGGCGCUUACACCGCUCCUGUCGCGUACAGCGCGUACACCGCGCCGAUUGCAUCAUAUAGCUACCCAUACGGAUACUCGGCUUAUUCAGCCUACCCCUACUAUGCAGGAGGCUAUAACGCACCCUACUACUUGGCCUAGGGUCGUUCCUAUCUUUCGUUAUUCGUUACUCGUUAUCCAGCAAAUGUGAUGCAUUAAUUAGAGUACAACUGAGGAAAAUUUCCAUUUGGUAAGCAGCUCAUUUUUGCGUACCGUAAAAAAAAAGAACAUCAAAAUGAAAAGUAGUUAGAAAGUAUUUGGGGUUUUAACAUGUCUUCAAUUAUGAAAUUUAAUUAUCUUCUUAUUUUAAACGAGAGAUUUCACAAAAAUUAGCAAAGUUGGUAGUUAGAUGCGUGGAACGAAUGAUAAAAAGUGACCAUAUAAGUGUUUGAAAAAUUGGCAAUGUUAAAUGUAAAAAAAUGUAAAAAAUCGCGAUACUGUGAAUAGUACUACCAUUGUAUCUCAAUCCUGUAAUUAUGUGAAUAAAAUAAAUAUUUAUCUGGAUUAUGAAAAAAAAA